AUGAUCUCCACAUCCAACAGCAGUGCUGGUGACCAGCUGCGGCGCGCAAAGUCGACAUCAUCGGCCAAAACAACAUCAUCUGGACACAAGCGAUUGUCGACCUCGAUCGACCCGUUUCUUACCCGCCAGCAGGCAGAGACCGCGGCAGUCCAAGCAUACGAGCGCGCUCGAAUCAACGAUGAACCAGCGCCGAGACCUGUGCCUCCGAAGCUGGAGCGACGCAGAAGCCAGAAGGCUGGCAGGUCGGAGGGCAGCCACUUUCAAGACGCCAGGAAACGGUCCAUCGCGAGGGAAGGCGAAGGCACACGAGCAAAGUCUUCGCAAUCUCGACAUCAAAGGUCUAUGAGCCGCAUGCGAUCGCAAGAUUUGGAUGGAGAGCGAGUCAUCACCCGGCGGAGGUCUAUCAUACCACCAGCGACCGAGAUCCGGCAGACCCAAGCGAAUCCAUCGUCUUCGAUGUCCACGACUGGUCGCCAUGUUCGGAGACGUCAGUCGGAGUAUAGCGACGGUAGUCCAGCGCCUCGCUACUCGCAGACCAUCACUGACGGCCACACUUCUUUGCAGCCUGCAGCAUUACAUGGAGGCCCCAGUGAUGGCUAUGGCGGCAAUCUGGCCAACAUGUCCACCUUUGGAGCUCCAGAGGAGAGCUUUGCGCCGCAGACAGCCGACUUCGAGCAGGUUCCUCGUGGUAUUCCGACAACAGAGCACAUUCCGGUUCCUCCAAUAUCGCAGACCAACCGUCUGAAGGAGAGAAAGUCUUUCUUUGGCACUUUCCAGAAGCGGCGCGCCAACGCGGUCGUGGACAACUUCGACAAUUCCCUGCCACCCUUCAACCGCGCCGAUCAUGAUGUCGCUGCUCCCAUACCAACAAAUGUCACCACCGUAGCUGGCAUCAAAGUCCAGCAAAGGUCGCGAAACUUUUCAGACUCUCUCAAAGGGCGGCUAAAAAAAGUGUUCCGAAAGAAUACGAAAGCGUCAAUUACUCUGCCGGCUCAACAAGUUGAAUCCAGAGAGUUCCACUUCAGCAUUCGCGACACUGAUGUAAGCGAGGUAGACGACACAGCUUCCGUGGACUUCGGUGACCCCUUCAUGACGGUUGCAGCUGAGAAUCCAAAAGGCACACCCGUGGCCAACUUGGAAUCCGCAAGAUCUGGAUUCAGCUCCGCACAGCAGAGCGACGGUAAGUCGAGAGUGACCAGUUGGGCGAACUCGACCGUGGCUGGAGUAUCCAGUAUCCGUUCCAACCAUGGACCUUAUGCCACGACAUUUAUGCCUCAAGCCAUCAAGCGCGUAGACAGCCAUCAUUCUCUCCGGAAGGCCAGUUCAUUCUUCGGCCGUCCCAUCCACAGCAAGCUGCAAAGAGCCAGUAAAGCAGAUCUCGGUGGUUCGGAGGAGAGCCAAGGCCUGUACGCCGCCCUCCAGAAGCGUAUCCGACCAUCACAAUCCAUGGAUCCCGUACAUGGAGGGGCCUCCUCGACCUUGAAAGAGAGCGUCGAGUCUCGUACGACCUCCGCACUGGCGACUGUGCCGUCCCAAAGGCAAUACAGCCAGUCAAUGGCAAGCGUAAGAUCACGGGCGGCCUCCACUGUUCGUCCAGUUACGCCGCAAGGUCCAGUCGUGCAGAAAAUCGAGGUGCCUUCUCCGGUCCAUGAAGUGCUCAGCCCUGACGUCGAGACCGAUGUUGAUAAUACAGUCAUUCACCACGAGCUCGAUUCCUCACAAUCCACGCCGCAAAGUGCUCUAAAGCGACGGCCAGCUACCAAAGCGCCGCCACCAAGCCAAGACCAGCUGCGACGCAGGAUGGAGCGCUCAAAGAAUAGAUGGCGUUCCACUCUGGAUGAGCGCUCGGCCGGACCGUACUACUCAAAUAAGAUCGCCACAAUGGAUGACAACCCAUACGAGCUGCCAUCGCUUAGUCGAACUGAACCUCAUGCUACUCCUGAGCAUGAUCUCCCGCAUCAUGCCAGAGUUGAUGACGGCAUACUUUCAGUCAAAGCAGAUGCUUUGUCUCCGAGCGUCUAUUCUCGCGCGACAGACGGCGCUUCGCCGCGCGCAUCAACUCCCGAGGAUGUCGGGCUUACGACCAUCACCAUUACCGGCCGUGAGGUCACAAAGUACGAGAUCUCACCUGCGAAACCUACCCGGCAUGGCCCUCGGACCGGCAGUAAGGAGUGGCGUCGCUGGCUGUCCGACGAGAUGAACAAUUGGAAUUGUGACAAGAAGGACUUUGCACUCCCACGUAAUACUCUAGACAGUUCAGUCGCUGAAUACGCCGCUGCACGGUGUGGCGCCGGCCCUGAGCCUGAGCAAGUCGCUGUCGGACGUGGCUCUCGGCCAAGUUCUGUAUCCCCGGUCAUGUAG